AUGGAGAAGAGAGUUAUAAGGAGGUUGCGACCACAGGCAAAAGGUUACGAAGAUAACACAGUGAAGCAAGCAGAGGCUCUCCGCCUUAUUUCCCUCCUCUGUCGCACAAUUCCUGCUCGCCAGAGUACCCGUGGCAGCAUUCGGACCUGCUGCUGCUCUGGUCUGUCGCUCUGCAGAUCUGUUUGCUUCUCUGGUCUGUCGCUCUACAGAUUUGUUUGCUGCUCUGGUCUGUCGCUCUGCAGAUCUGUUUGCUGCUCUGGUCUGUCGCUCUGCAGAUCUGUUUGCUGCUCUGGUCUGCCGCUCUACAGACCUGCUGCUGCUCUGACCUGCUCUGCCACCCUGGUCUUCUGCACUGCAGCGCUGGUCUACUGCUCUGCCCUGCCGCUCUGCAGACCUGCUCUACCAUUAUGGUCUUCCGCACUGCAGCGCUGGUCUGCUGCUCUACCCUGCCGCUCUGCAGACCUGCCCUGCUGCUCUGCAGACCUGCCCUGCCGCUCUGCGGACUUGCUCUUCCUCUUUGGUCUGUCACUCUGCAGACCUGCUCUUCCGCUCUGCAGACCUGCUCUUUCGCUCUGCAAACUUAGUCUUCUACUCUGGUCUGCCACUCUGCAGACCUGCUCUACCGCUCUGCAGACCUGCCAUGUCGCUCAGCUCUGCUACGUUAUGGAAACCAGCCCCUGCUGGUAG